AUGCCCCAAAGAAAGGCUGUAGAUCAAGGUGACACGAGGCAGGAGCCAAAGAGAAGAUCAGCUAAAUUGUCUAAUAAAAUGAAGACCAAAAAUGAUAUGAUAGAAAGAAACAUAGAUGCAAAUGCAAAAACACUAGUUGAGAUCAAACAGGAAGUUGUUAAAGACUACAACAAUUAAAAUGCUGAAAAGAGAGAAACCAAAAUUAUAGAAGCACCAGCUCUUAAAAAAGAAAUUAAGGAAAUAAAAGAGGAAAAAAUUGAUGACAGUGGGAAAGAGGGAGGAGAAAAGAGAAGCAAACAGCAGAAGGAAAACAAGACAAAAAAAGAUCAGAAAAAUAAAGAUCAACAUAAAGAAGAGAAAGAGAAGAAGAAAAUAAGAAAGGAUGAAAAAGAGGACAAAGAUAGAAACCAGAAAGGAAAAGAUGGAGAAAAGGAGGAGUACCAAAAUGAAAAAAGAGACAAAGGGUGUGAAGGUGGAAAAGGGAAAGAAGAUGGAAAAGAGGGAAAACAUGAAAAAGAGAAAGGUUUAAGAGAAAAUGGAAAAGGGAAAGAGAAGGAAAAUGGAAAAAAGAAUAAAGAUGAAAAAGAGCAAGGAUAUGGACAGGAAAAUGAAGAUGGAAAUGCAGAAGAAGAUGGAAAGGAAAAAGAAAAAGAUGGAAAAGAGGAAGAAGGAAAAGACAAGGAAGAUGUGAAAGAACAUAGAAGAGGAGAGAGACAAGAAAGACACAACAACCAGAUCAUCAUACUAUACACAAGAAAGGCGCUGAAGAGGUGGAAGAUCUGCGGGAGCAUCUGCGGGCAGAGAGGCGGCCUGCGUCUUCUGGGUAUAGACGACGUUAUUGGCAUUUUUCCAAGACAAUUUGAAGUCGGUUCUGCCGUCCAGGCAUUUCUGGCAGGGGGUCCUUUGCAGCGUAGCUGCCCAGGAGCAGAAAGGGUCCCCCGGCCCCAAGGCCUGCUGCAGCGCAGAGGGCUCGGCGGGCGGGAGGAUCCGCGCUGCUGGGCUGGGAGGACCCGCGGGAAGGAGGAGGUGAACCACCUGGGGCGCAGUCCAGGUGGUGUCGUUCCACGUCGGAAGCUUUUCUGCAUUGAUGGUAUGAUGAAUUCGAUACACAGUGGUGAUGUUGAAGACCUGGUGGAGGAACACACAGAGGAACUGUCUACAGAACUUCAGCAACUUCUGGCUGAGCAACAGAGAAUGGCAGCUGAGGAGCUUUCUGGAGAGGAGGGGGAGGAUCAACAAUCAGUGCAGCAAAGUUCUUCUAAAAGAAAGGAAAUCCUGAAAAACUGGAUGGACUUUACAAUUGUAAGAAGACCAACUCAGACAGAGAAAAAGCCAAUCAUUGCACUCACUUGUUUAAUGAUGUCAUGUCAUACUAUAGAAUAGUGUUAAAGAAAAGACAGAAACAGAUAACCUUAGACCAGUUUUUAUUUCUUAAAAGGUUGAGACCUAGUGAGCCAGAAACAGGUCCUAGUGAGCUACAAACUCUCCCAAGGAGACAGGACGUCUUACGGAAGAGACUUUCCCUCCAAACAAUAUCCACCUUCCAUUUCAUCCUCCCUUCCUGCAAGCCAA